AUGGUGGUGAAGCGGAGCGAAGCGCAUUUGAGCAAGGAUUCAAAGGUGGAAGUUUGCAGCAACGAAGAGGGUUACAGAGGUGCAUGGUUCCCUGCCAUAAUCCUUGACCCACAACCCUCAGAUCUCUCAGCGAAGAAGAAAAGGAAGAGCCUUGGCAACUCAAGCAAGGCUCUGGUGCAGUACGAGACUCUGGUCUUCGACGAUGACCCAAUCAAGCCACUCACUGAGCUCGUUGAAGUGUGCUCCAUCCGGCCCGUGCCUCCUCCUGACAAUCCUGACCAGCCCUUCGAGCCCGCAGACGUCGUAGACUCCUUUUACCAAGAAGCUUGGUGGGUGGGGGUUGUGAUGAGGUUUGAGGAUGACAAGUAUACGGUGGGUUUCAAAAACCCACCUGAUCUGCUUGAGUUAAGGCGCUCUGAGCUGCGGCCUCAUUGGGAUUUUCUGGACGGCGUAUGGAUUCGAGCCCGGAAGGAGAGGAUAGAGGAGACAAUUUUCAGCCAUGGGACAGCAGUGGAAAUAAAUCUCAACGAAGACAAUCUAUUGUAUGCUUGGUUCCCAGCAAUUUAUCUUGGUGAACUAGGGGUUAACUCUUUCUUGCUUCAAUAUAAGAGCUCAAACAACUGUGAUGUUAAAGUGGUUGUAAAUGGCCAUCAGAUUCGGCCUCAGCCUCCGAAGUCAGGCAAAACAGAUUUUAACUUGAUGGAAAUGGUGGAUGUAUUCUAUGAUAUGGGUUGGUGGGUCGGAGAGAUUACACAAAUUCUUACAGAAGAAAAGUAUAUGGUCCGUUUAAAAUUCACAAAGCAGGUAAAGGAAUGCAGUCCUUCAGAAUUGAGGCCUCAUGCGGAAUGGACGGAGAGAGGAUGGAUUACAAAGAUCAAUGGAACAUGGGUUGAUUGCUAUAAGGAAGCUCAGUUUAGUGUGGAUUAUGAAGUACAAUCAAAGCAUGCAUGCGAGAGUUUCAGAAGCUCCAAGGUCGCUAAAGCACUUGAAAGUUCAGGUGCUACCAAGGAUAAUAAUCAAGAAAAAACAGCUUGUUCAAGGAUUUCAUGGCACUUGAGUCCUUGCAUUGAUAAAUCACCAUAUGGAAAGACCAAAAAGAAACUAAAAAUUAAUCAGAAACCUAAUGAUGAUGCAACAAUUUUACGUCUUUCCAAGAAGUUAACAGGGGGACAUCCAGAAGACUUCUUAUCUUUUACACCAUCAUUUUCAAGGAGAACGCGAGUUAAAACAUCAAAAAGAGAAGCCCCAGUUAGAAAGGGUGCGAAGACUGAGCAACAACAGGUUGGAGAACUUGACAAUCAAGAAAUCAUUUCUUAUAAACAUAAAGUCAAGAAGGGCAGUAAAAUCGAAAAUGCUGAUGAAGAAGAUGUUGAAGAUGAGUAUGGACUGGACAACACUGAAUCUUCUGGUAUAAGGUCAGAUUCUGAGCUAACAGGGGGAUCUCAUGCUGGAACAUCAUGUCUGCUCCCCGUAGAGGAGGUUGAACGGAAUGAAGAUGGGGUGAGCAGUGAAAUAAAAGGAAAGGGAAAACUGCCUGAAUAUCUUGUUGAACACCCAAAAGAUCCAGCAACAGAUCAUACGAAUGAUAUAUUUGAAUUUCCUGUAAUAACAAUGUGGGAUUUGACAGGCGAGAAGCUCAAUGGAACUGGAGUUGUUGCUCAAGUUGAAUUGACUAAGACUCAAGUUGUCAAUGAUAAUGGUAAUCCUGCAGAGUUUUCCAGCAAACAAAAUGAGGUCAGAGGAAGACAGGUUGAAACUGGUGUAACAGGUUCUGAAGAAGUGAUGAGAGAGACGGAAACUGUGGAUUCCGCAAUGGAUUACUUGACAAAAGAAGUUCAGGUGACUGUGACUGGAGAUGAAAUGCAUUCUAUAAAAGCCAAAGAGUACUCAAUUAACCCUGCUGGGACUGCCAAGCAACAAAAUGAAGUUGAGCAACAAGACAGUCCACAUUCGCCUUUUGUGAGAAGUUCUCCAUUUUGGAAAAGUAUUGAAUCCAUGGAAGUAUUCAAAAGAUUUCCGCAAAGGCCACAUUUUGAUCCUCUGAUGAAGUGUAAAGCAGUUUGUCGCGAAGGAUCCGCUCUUGGAAAUAUGAUAACCUUUGCCUCUUUGGUGGAGAAGACUUCCAAGUUGCAAGUUGGCGAUCCUAGAGACUUAUUUGAUAGCAAUUUGGAGGCACUAGUUGACUUGGAAAUGUUGGGAUUUGAUGUCACGGCAGUACGGCAUCAUCUGAAGGAAAUGAUUGAAAUGAAAGUUAAGUUGGGUCAGCUUGAGAACCAAUCAAAAGAAGUUGACAUUCAGAUCACAGAGUGUACUUUUGACAGAACCAGAAACAAUGAAACAAUCAGUCGGAUUGAUAAGGAGAUCAAGGACUUGAAGGAAAAACGGGGGACCCUGAUGUCAGUCGAUGUGGCCAAAGGUUCUGAAAUUAGCAAGCUGCAAUCAGAAGCAAAUGCUAUCACUGAAGGCAUUCAGAGCAUCCAUCGUGAUUUUGAGAAAUUAGCUGCUGCAGCAUGGUGA